CAAGCACGCGUUUCCGGUGUUCGACAAAAUUUCGAUGAGUUGCUAAUGGAGGUGUUGAAAAUCCCGUGCGUGAGUGUUUUUUCCCCGCAUUUUAUCAGCAUUUUCUCCUAAGUAUCGUAAAAUCAGUGGUAUUCAUGUAAAAUUAAGAGCACGGUACAAUGCAGGCAACAUGGGGACAGUGGGGCGCGCAAGCCGCCACCACUGGUGUGGCUUCAAGUAUGGCUGGCUUCUCAAUGCCUCCACCGACUACAGCAGCCAGCACAGCAAGCACUGCCGCUACAGGGGCAGCAGCGACACAAGCUCUUGGUGCUUUCUCAAUGGGCUCAUAUCCAAUGUACAAUGCCCAAGCAGCUGCCCUUAACCCAGCCGCGAUGACAGCAGCAACGACUGGUGGUGCCGGAGUCGCUGCAGCAGCAGCAGGUUACACACCUCAGCAGUGGGCAAUGGCGCAACAACAAAACUGGCAGCAGUGGGAACAGUGGCAGCAACAAUAUGCCCAGUGGCAACAACAGUAUGGGGAGAAAUAUCAGGCUCACAUGAACGCUACAAUGGGUGUUGCGCCAACACCAGACGCAACCCCGAAACCACCAUUGCCAACAACUGCUCCCCAGCAGCCUCCUCCUCCAACUGCCGCAGCUCCAUCUCAACCAUCAACUCAGUAUGACUCAGGGAGUAACAAAGGAACCAGAUCUCAGGCUGAUGAAAGCCUUAAGCGGGGUUUUGAUGAUAAAGAUAGUAAAGACGAUGCAAAAAAAUUCAAGAGCGACAAGUCUGUAGAUGAUAAAGCUAAAAAGGGUGAAUCUCUUGAAGAGUUGGCGGAAGCCGAGAAAGCUUUUGACCAGCAGUUUAAAAAUUGGGAGAGUCAGUUCUUACGCUGGAAAGAACAGAACAUUAAUCAUCCUGAUAAAAACCAGUACAAAGAAUAUGAGGCGAAAUGGGAAAGUUGGCGGGAGCAACUGUUGGAUAGGCGCGAGCAGAUGAAGAAGCGUCGAGAAGCCAAAGAGGCGCAGAUCAAGAAGGAGGAAGAAGCAGCUCGCGAGGCAGCUGCCAAAGAAGCGAAGAAGAACGAAGCACCAGCGGUAUCAGCUGCAGCAACUAUGAUGAGCGGUAUGAACUCCGCUGCUGGGUCCAUGAAUCCGGCCAUGUUCCAAAUGAACGCCGCAAUGAAUCCUGCCGCGGCUAUGGCAGGCUUUGGUGCUUACGGUUUCCCUGGUUAUGGGGCCUUCCCAGGAAUGGCAGUGCCGCCCCCUAUGACUCAGCAAACCACUCAGGCAGCCAUGAAUCAGUUCCCAGGAAUGAAUGCUGCAGCCAUGAAUCCAGAAACCAAUACGGCUCCACUUGAUUUCUUAAAGUCUGGAAGCAAAGGUAUUCCUGGCUUAGACCUUGUUGGUCAAGAAGGAGACUCGGGGAACAGAAAUGAUCCAAGUAAAAACAGUCAAGAAAGGAACGACUACUCUGGCCGCGACAUGAACAAACCUUUAACUACCUCCGAUGACAAACCGUUCCAGUUUCCGCCUCCUGUUGGGCAGAUGCCCCCCUUCAUGCAAGGAGCCAAUCAGCAAGUUGGUAUGCCUCCAUCGUUCGCACCGAAUGUUGCUCCACCUGCAGCUGGAAUGUUCUCAGCACCACCGCCAGAUGGAUUCGGAAUGACCCCUGCUGCUGGUGCACCCAAUAUGUAUGGAAUGCCAAAUCCCAUGCAAAUGUACCCAGGAAUGCCCAAUGCAGGAUUUACAACUGCCCCACCAACUGCAGCCCCAUUCAAUCAAAAUAGUUCUCAAGGUCCGAAUGCCUUCGGCGGCGACAAAGCCAAACCGGGCGACUCAUCCAACCGAUUCGGUAGGGGGCAAGAUUCCCAGUCUGACAAUUUUCGAUCUCAGAAUAAUUACUUUGACUCGUCAGGUGGAAAAGAGAAAGGGCCUGGCGGCCUCCUCCAGAAACCAGCAGGAUUCGAUCAGCGCGGAGGAGGAAGGUUCAACCGGGACUUUCAAGAUUCUAGUCAAUACCCAGAUGACGAUAUGGAUGUACAAAGCAAUGGGUCUUUCAAUAGGUCUUACGAUGAUCAAGAAUAUCCUGAUUAUAAUAAAUUCAAAAGUGGGCCACCUGGGUUUGAUCCUAAGAAUAAGCCUCCUGGUUUCAUGGAUAGAUCAGGCCCUCGAGACACUGGGAACAAAGGCUUCAAUCAGCGAAAAAGCAGGUUUGACGAUCCCAUUACUGACCGAGAACCGUCGAAACCCUCUCUUGGAGGUAGUUUGAAUAAUGCCGGCAGCCUCCUCAGGCCAAGCUACUUAAUGGAUAAAAGAGACGCUCUUGAACGGAUACGAACCAGUGCCGGACUCCCACCUUUAAGCUCAAUCACUGAUGCUCCGUUCGGUCAAAGUUCAGCUAUGAAUGAUUUUAGAUCAAAAGGUCGAGGACAGUUCGAUAACUCAAGGACCAGAGAGCCUUUUGAAGAGCGAGGACAAUUUGAUGGACCGAAUAGCGGAGACCAAUUCAAUGAAAUGGAUGAUAGGUUUGAUGAGCCUCGGGGUCGUGGAAAGUUUGAUGAACCUAGGGGACGUGGCAGAUUUGAUGAGCCCAGAGGACGUGGCAGGUUCGAGGCAAGGGGACGUGGUCGUUUUGAUGGAUCUGAUAGAGGAUUCGAUAGCAGGAAUAAGUUUGAUACGGAGAACAAGUUUCCAGAUGAUGAUUUUGGACCUCCGAGACCCUUUAGAGAUGAAAAUUUGUCACCCGGCAAUAUACCUAAUAGUGAAAGACCGAAAUGGGGCCGACCCGAGCCUGCGCCUACUCCCGCACCAUCACGUUUUGAGCCAGCUCCAGUUCGCCCUCGUUUGGAAGUAGAAUUCCUGAGGCCUGCUAAAGUCAUAGAUUACAACCAUAAAAGACUUGAACCUGACUUCUUUGAACCAGUUACAAUCCAAGACUAUGGUCACGGUAUCGCUAACUACUCCAGCCGAUCCUCAGUUUACGAUAAAGGUAUUAGAAGGAGUGAAUAUGAAGAUAAAAUGCCUAGAUCAAGGCAUAGUCGAAGCCCUGUGAGAAGAAGCCCACCUCGUAGAAUGUCUCCUUCACGCCGCAGCCCUGGGCGAAGGUUUUCACCUAGUAGGAGUUCGCGCGAGAAUCCAUCUAGGAGUCCAAUUCGACGGAAAUCUCCCAGUACGGAUAGAGGUGGCAAGAAGUUUGAAGAAAAAGACUCUGAAAGAGAUUCAAAUAAAAACUCAGAACCUCAAACGGAUUCUUCCAAACAGCAAGGUGAAAGUAGCAGCGCUCCUUCAAGUGCGUCGACGGGUCCCAAGCAACAGUCUGUUUCUAUUAGUGAUUUACUAGAACCGCCUGGCAGAAAUAACAGACCAACAAAAAUAGUUAUAAUACUCAGGGGUCCACCUGGUUCUGGAAAAUCUUAUGUAGCAAAAUUAAUUAAGGACAAAGAAGUUGCAAUGGGUGGAACAGCACCACGGAUAUUGUCCUUGGAUGACUAUUUCCUUACAGAAGUUGAAAAGGAAGAAGUCGAUCCUGAUACAAAUAAGAAAGUCACUACAAAGAAAAUGGAGUACGUCUAUGAAGCUGGGAUGGAGAAAACGUAUCUGUUAUCACUAGUGAAGGCAUUCAGGAAAACAGUCACUGAAGGAUUCUUUAAUUUCAUCAUUGUUGAUAGUGUUUUUGAUAAAAUCGCACAAUAUGGUGAAAUCGUUGGUCAUAGCAAGACUAACGGUUUUAAACCUUACAUUUGCGAAAUGGACUUAGAUGUUGCUCAGUGCUUGAAACGGAAUAUUCACAACCGCUCUGAAGCUGAUAUUCAAGCCAUUGUCAACAAAUGGGAGAAGACCCCUAACGCUCAGGUGCCGCUGGAUAUUAGACCUCUCCUUCAAUCGGACAGUAUUACUGAGGUGAACAUGGAAGACAUAGAUGAUGACAGUCAAAACAAAAGCGAAGACAAAGCUGACACGGAGAAUGCCGAGAAGGCAAAAGACGAUGAGUCUCAAGAGGAUGAUAUACCGGCCAGUUUGUUUACAAGCAAGUGGGAGCUGAUGGAUUUCAAUGAUGAAAAGAAAGAUCAACUCGACGGUCUCCGAAAAAAGCGAGCCCCCGAAAACUCAAUCCGAGACUGGCUCCAAAACAACUCCCGCUCCGCAGAGGACGCCGUUUUCGACACAGAGAGGAGGGUAUCAACCACGGUUCCAGGGAAGAAGAGGGUUCGGUGGGCCGACAUGGAGGAGAGGCAUGCCGUGGCGAAGAUGAGGAACCUAGGAUUCGUUGUUGGGCAAACUGACUGGAAUCGCAUGAUGGACCCUGACCAAGCUGAUAACAAAUUGACACAAAUUAAAUAUUUUUAAUUUUACUUGACUACAUGUUUAACUAUUGAUUGUCUCACGUAAGUUUGCCACUCUUCCUCUCUCAUUGUGAGUUAUUGUUUUUGAAAUCGAAGUUAUCCUGCAAGUUUCAUGGAUCAUCAAGAAAAUAUUGUUUUUACAAGUUAAGAUUUUAAUUUUAAGCUUAGUGUAGGAAGCGUUUCUCUUUGUAAGUCACGCGUGAAUUCUCUUUUAUCACUGGCAACUCAGUUUAGGAUUGAUCGUCUGAUGUUGUAUAUAUUCAUUCCGAAGCGAUAGAAUGAAACGAAAAGGCAUGCGUUCUCGAAGAGUCAUAAUGCCAUUACUAUUGCGAAGUUUUUUUUUAUUUGUUUGUUGGAUGGCAAGUAAGAUAUUAUAAGGUAAGGUUAACUAUCUUAAUUUAUCAAAAUUAUGAAACUGUAAAAUUUUUGUACUUUAGACAAAUAAAUAUUUAAAAAAAUU